AUGCCGCCUCCACCAUAUAGUCCGCCUAGAAGCCAACAGCAGCGUCCCAUGAGUACCGUCUUCGACUCUACACCAGCUGGUACUCCGACUCCGCCGCCUCGACUAAGCACAAUGGUGCAUCGACCUUCGCCUGAGCCAGCCAAUGCAUCUUUUCCUCCUCCUCCUCCGGGUGUAAAUGGGCGAAAUGGUUCACGAGAUCGCCGCUUUCUGCCAUCCUUAGGCCGCCGUAGAGAUAUGGACACCUCCAGCACUCCUCCGCCUCAGCCGCCCCCUCCUCAAGCCCAUCGACAGAGCAUGAUCGUGCAAACUUCGUUCCAACAACCUACUCCCGAGCAUGGAAUGGCUGGUCCUAUGAUUCAUGGGCCGCCAGCGGCUCGAAGAGCCGUAUCUGCAGGAGCCGUGGAGACACCCACAUCUGCUCGGUCACGGUCAGCGUCUCAAACCAGAUGGGAACCAGGCAUGCCUCUCCCACCUCCGCCACCGGGGCCCCCGCCUGCUUCAAGCCGGUCGCAAAGCGUACAGUCAAUAGAUAGGAACACAGUUCCCAUCAUAUCUCCUCCUACAAAGAGACGCCGACCACCAACCGGUGUCACAGAACUCGGACCUGUUCCUCCAACACCUGCAGACUGGAACGAGACGGGGAGUCAAGCAGGCCCCUCAAACCGAAGCCGCUCACCGGGUCUCAGGAUUGACACGUCGCUGCCAUCCACCCAGCCUGUUGAACCUGCUCUAGGGUCCUCAUCGAGUACUGGCGGGCUCAAUCGGCAAAAGGCAGUGAGACAUGAUAAAACAAUUUUGCAGCGAAGGGCUGAGAGUCGGACCCGGCACAGUGUCCGUGGCUCUAUAGAUGAACGGACUCGACCCGACUCUAUGGCCGACAUAAUGGUACCGAAUACGACUGAUCUCUCACGGACUUCAAUCGGUAAAUCGACCCCUCUAAGUGGCGCACUCGCAUCGCAAGACUCUCGAAACUCGACCCCUAGAGCCCCAUCAUCAGGGAAACUGCCCCAGGAAGCGGAAACACCGCCUUUCUCCCCCAACGCUUCUAAGCAACCGAUAUAUGCCAGCAGCUCAAAGGUUGUUGCUCCAAAGGCGCUCCCUACUCCGCCUCCUAGGUCCGGAUCCGUGGCUUCGGUCUCAAGGGUCCGGGAGUCUUCUCGGCCCCCUUCCGCCGGCCUGUUGGUAUCGAAACAUUUGGUUACGACUCAGACUGCCGAUCAGUUUGAAGAAGGGACUAUCGAUCGGUUCCGCGAAUUUGCGAUUAGAGAAUCGAGAGCUGCUACUGAUGCGGAUAGGGUGCGUAUGUUCGCCGACUUUGUUGUCAAUGAAUCAAGGAUCAGACGAGAACGCUAUUCUGUCGCUAUUGGGGCUAUGGGCUCAGAGAUCUUUGACCUCACCCGCGACUUAUUUCGGCCAAUGGUCAGCCAAAGGCGAGAGUCAGCUUCUUCGCAAGAUCAGUGGACCCCUGGACUAUCCGAGCCAGGGCCUUCUCGUCGAGGCUCUAUAGGUUCAAACUUGGGGGAAGGUCCUCAGUCUGCCUCUAAAACAGUCAAUGUCCCGACGUCGCCGAGCGGGAAUAAUCCACCAAACGUGAACUGGUCCAGCAAUUAUAUGCCCUCGUUAUCGCCAAUUUUGAGUAUGAGUGUCAGCGAAAACUAUGAAAAUGGCAGCUCACGGGGUCGUCCUCCGAGCCGUUGGUGGGAAUCAGAUUCACAAGGCGAAGCUUCCCAUCUCGGACGUUCCAAGAGAGAGUCGAAGUAUAUGGGCGUAACCAAGACACAGUGGGUCGAGGAGGACCAGCCGUCUGUGGUGUACGAGGAGCAAGGCUCUUCAUCCGAGUAUCCUCCUGAAAAGACGGGCUGGCAUGAUCAGUCGGAGCCCAACUUGACUCCUCAACAAUUUGGCUUCGCCGCCACGUCAAACAUGGGCUCUAGUCCCUGUUCGACGAUCAACCGCGACCACUUGGAUGUUUCCCGCCUUGUCACCAUGCCUCCUCCUUAUCCAAGACACCACCCCGCUGUCAAUAACAAACAUCCUGAGUUGACAUCCAUCAGAACAGCCGUGAGAGCUCUAAGUCAACUCGAUGAAUUGGCCAAGACAAAGGAGCGGUUCACUGUCGAGAGCACCAAACGUCGAGAACAAUUUUCCAAAGCAGCGUCUGAGCGCCGUCAAGCUUUGCGUACAAACUUGCAGAAUGAGAUCAAUGCUGGCAGCUUGAGUUAUGCUGAUGCGGGAGCUAUUGAUGCUGAUGCAAAGGCCAGCGAGAUAACAAAGAAAAAGGACUUGGAAAAGUCCGAAUACGAAUUGUUCCAGAAUCAGGUGGUACUGCCUCUGAAUGAACUACUGACAGGGCGUAUCUCAAGCGCCACAGAGCUGAUUGACGAUCUAGCCCGACAUCUGUUCGAUAACGGGCAGAUAGAUGCGGACAUGCCGCAGGAGGAGGGCGACGAUAGACCAGAACUUCUGGAAAAGUUGACGCUGCUUAAAUGGGUCUUUGAGGCACGAGAGGGUCUUUACCGGGCCAUCUACGAUCUUCUUUCGGAUCGCAACGGCCGAUAUUGCGAGGUUGUACUGACUCCUUACCGACUUUCCGGAAAUACCGAGAAGCUCAAGUCAGCUGAGGCUUUCUUUGCUGAAGAUGCGGCCAAGCGUGAAUAUGCGUUCGCUCACGAGGUUCUGGAACGGACCCGGGACUUCCGAGGAGUGGUUGAAAAGGCUGUGGAUCAUGGUGUUGCACUGCAGCUGUCGGCGUUUUGGGAUAUUGCGCCUCCGCUUUGUGAGCUACUGGAUAAUAUUCCUCUCGACCUUGAUGGCUUCAAUAUCCAGAUUCCAGCAUCGGAAAUUGAGGAAAACCCAUCCUACGUCGAGCAUCCGAUGCAGUAUCUUUUUAGCUUGCUGCUUCACGCCGAGAAGAGCACGUACCAGUUCAUCGAAUCACACACCAACCUGUUGUGUCUACUUCACGAGGUCAAAGAGGCUGUGGUUCACGCCAAAGGUAAGGUCCUCGAGACGCAGACCCAAGAUGAGAACGGAAACGCGAUUCCCAAGGCAGAUAGCAAUGCACAGGCGGCGCAAAUGCGACAAUCAGAGGAACGCCGACUUACGGAAGAUCUGAAGGAAAAGGUCCGUCUCGUUCAAGAUCAAUGGAAGAGUGCAUUAGGCGAUAACAUAACGCUCGUGAAAGAGCGCCUAGGAGGUUGGCUAUUGCAAAUGGGCGGCUGGGAUGAGUCGCUCGAAGACAGAGGUGUGGGCAGUGUCUAG